GCCUUCCCCCUAAACCCCGGCUGUUAGUGCUGUGUGAGUGCGCGUGUGCUCCAGAGCUCGCUCGGCACACAUUCUAUAAAAAAAUAAAAAUGCAAAAAAAUUUCAAAACAUAAAAAAACCAAAAAAUCAUUUUUUUUCUUCUUUUUGUAACGAAGCUUGUGGAGUAGAAAUACGAGGAGUGGACGGUAACGUACAAGAAAGGGCUGAAUAACGUGAAAUGACAGAAUUUCCAGUCGACGUGUUACUGGUACAGAAGAGAGGCUGAGUAACGCACCAGUUUGCUUUUUAAUAUUGUUUUUUUUUGUCUGAUUUUACCUCAGUUUUAACAACAUUACAGGCUGAACUAGCGUCUGUUAAGUGUCUUUAUUUUAGAGGUUUUAAAUUGUAACUGACAAAGCAAACGGUUGCCAACGUUCACCAUCAGCUCUCUGCCCCGUAACUGUAGCGACGUUAGAGCCGUUAUCUCUAACCAGUCAGUCGGUUAGUCGCUGGAAACUUUUUCCGUUGAGAAAUUCAAGCGUCGCCCGAGUACUUUUGCUAGCCUUCACAGUCAACGAGAAUGAACCCCAGUGCUCCCAGUUACCCCAUGGCCUCCCUCUACGUCGGGGAUCUGCAUCAGGAUGUGACUGAAGCCAUGCUGUACGAGAAAUUCAGCCCAGCUGGAGCGAUCCUGUCAAUCCGAGUCUGCAGGGACAUGAUCACCCGGCGUUCACUCGGAUACGCUUAUGUCAACUUUCAACAGCCAGCGGACGGUAAGUGUUUUGGCGAGAUAUCAAGUCAAAUGUAUGGAAAAUCAGUGUCUGGUUUGAAGUGACAGUUGCACAUAAGUGAGGGGUACUCUCCCCUGUCACACGUGACUGCGGCCGACAUGUUGUCGGUAGGGUCUCCUCAGUUGAACCUCCCCAACAGUGGCGGAGCAGAGAAGUAUCCCAUCAGCUCACCCGGCCCACCCCAGCACUGUCUGCUGGUCAUGGACCGAGAGUUAGCUACUAGCUUGCACUCACUGCUUUUUAUCUUCAGCAGGGGCAACACCCAACUGGCAUACUCAUCACUUCAGUUCAAUCUUAUCAGAAGGCUACCAGGCAAUUUUUAGUAGUAUGUGAACAUUUGCCAUUAACAAUAUUUAGUUGUAAGUCUUGUUAUGGUGUAUGUAAUAUUUAUGUCUGUAACGUCCUCGAUAUAUAGGGGAGAGUGGGGUAAGAUGAGCCAUUUUCCAUAUUUCGGAUCAUUACAUUAAGGCAAUCAUAGUUUUGUCUCUAACAGGAUGUUGUGCAUCCCUGCAAACCAACAGAAUGAGUGUAAACAUAACUGUCUUGAUAAUAUAGCAUGCCAAAAAAGUGGUCUCCUAUGGUCAACUUUACUCGUGUAUGGGGUAAGUUGACCAUAGGAGUGGGGUAACAGGAGCUGUAUCCCUACUACCCCUCCACUCUGCACCCCAGCCCUCCCUCGCCUUCUCUCUCCCUAAAUAACAGUCACUUCUUCACAUUCAUGUGUAUUUUUACUUGUGUACUUUUAUGCUCAGUUUUUGACCUCAUGUUGUAGCUCAUAGAUACCACAAUUGAUGGAUAAAACAAAUUUAAAAUGAUCUUUUUUAAACUGAACACAAUUUUAAUAAAAUUUAUGACCGAUCAAAUUUACUUUCAAGAGUGAAAAAUAAAUUGAUACCCAUCUCCUAAAUAUUUGGUCACAUGAUCAAUUUCUUUUACCAUUUCCAAGCAACAGGGAGUGGCUCAACUCACCCUUUGCCUCAACUUAACCCUCUCUCCCCUGUAAUGUUGCAUACUGUAUCUCCUGACCCUAAACCCUACUCCUUGCCAGUGAGACAGAAUUUAUAUUCAUUAGUAUUGAAGAGAAGUAGAAACUUUAAAUAAUAAGUGACUUCCUACUCCUGUUCAGAUUUAUUGCAAAAUUUAAAAAACAGGUUCAGUUUAAAAGAGUAAAAACAGUUUCUGAAUAAUCAUUUGUGAUAGCAGUGACUGAGAGUAUUCUCUUACUUCAGAAAUGGUCAAGUAUGCUGAAAGACUGCUGCUGGCCAACACAUCUAUCAAACAUGUUUAACCACCAUGAUAAUGAUGAUUGUGUCAGCAGCCACUUUUUUCAUCGAAAUUAGCAUACAGAGAAACUUGAAGAUCCAGGUUUCCACCCUUUAGCUAAAUACCCCCUCAAGAUUACAAACCCCACCCAUGACAAACGCUGCAGAACUUGAUUUUUUUCAACUGUUUCAGUGACCCAGUCUCUGUCCCUUUGUCCCCUCCCCCCACAGCGGAGCGUGCACUGGACACCAUGAACUUUGAUGUGAUCAAGGGGCGGCCUGUGCGCAUCAUGUGGUCGCAGCGGGAUCCAUCAUUGAGAAAAAGUGGUGUUGGUAACAUCUUCAUCAAAAAUCUCGACAAAUCCAUCGAUAACAAGGCGCUGUACGACACUUUCUCAGCUUUUGGAAACAUCCUGUCCUGCAAGGUAAAAUAUUAGUGGUUGAUCCUGCUCUGCUGUGUCUUGCCUACAGCCAAGGGUGUGGUCAGCUGACGUUGUGGUCAGAUAGCAUUGUAAGUGCAGGCAUAAUGUACCCUGUGUGGUAAUUUGUCGCUCUGCAGAUAGGAUUAAAGAGGGAUGAGUAGGGAAAUUUUGAUCAGAUUUUUACUAAUGGGAUUCAGAGGCAGAGAUAAAAGUUUGAUAGUGAAAAGUGGAAGAAACUAUUUAAUAAAACAAUGAACUUGACAACAAUUUCAUUGCAAAGUAGGUUUGAGGGGACACUUGUUUCAAGUGUGGUUCAACAGAAUGUGUGAAACUGUCACUGCAUGUGUGUGUGUGGACUUGAAAUAGCAUGUGUCUCCCCUCUCAAAGGUGGUCUGUGAUGAAAAUGGCUCGAAAGGCUACGGCUUUGUGCAUUUUGAGACCCAGGAGGCAGCCGAGAGGGCCAUUGAGAAAAUGAAUGGCAUGCUUCUCAAUGAUCGAAAAGUGUAAGUGAAAGAUUUGAUAAGAUUACAAUGUUUUUGUCUUUUCUUGGUGUGUACAAUAAAAACAAACAAACAAAACAAAUUGAAGCAUGAAAUGUGUUUGCAGUUUGCAUGGUAACGCACACUUAAAAGUUUGACUCAUUUUUUAACUCAAUUGUGGAGACAGCUUUUUCUGAGGGUAAUUCUUACGUAAUUUGAGUAAGCUCAGUUUUGUAGAGGUAUCGCUGACAGUACUUACAGAUGUGAUUAGCAAAAUACCAUUGUUUUAUUGGUAACUGAUGUAGAUGACUUCUAAACUAAGAUUGAUAAAUUUCUUUUCCAUCAUAGAUUCGUUGGUCGCUUCAAAUCUCGGAAAGAGCGCGAGGCUGAGCUGGGUGCCCGUGCCAAGGAGUUUACAAAUGUCUACAUCAAAAACUUUGGGGAAGAAAUGGAUGACGAGAAGCUGAGGGAGCUUUUUAGUAAAUAUGGUCAGUUAGAACUCAACCUGCAUGUCUGAAUACUUAAGGGUUUUGAUCCUCUACGGUGACACAUAAUGAGACAAAAUAAUGUGUAUUUGUCAUACAGGAAACGCCAUGAGUAUUCGGGUCAUGACUGAUGACAGUGGAAAGUCUCGAGGCUUUGGGUUCGUCAGCUUCGAGAGGCACGAAGAUGCCCAGAAGGUAAGUUGAAUUAAACGUGUUCUUGUGAGCAAAUUCAUAUGUCAAACACAUCUUAAGUUGUUUUUCUCCUAACGACAGGCAGUGGACGACAUGAACGGGAAAGAGAUGAAUGGAAAGAUGAUCUAUGUCGGUCGAGCCCAGAAGAAGGUGGAGCGGCAGACGGAGCUGAAGAGGAAAUUUGAGCAAAUGAAACAAGACCGCAUGACUCGAUACCAGGUUCUUUUUUUUCCUUCUAGUAAUGCAAAAGUACAGCAUAAUGUGCCACCCUGUCUCAGCCAACUGGUGAUCGCAGCUUUGUCAAAUUCAGUGCUCUCUCCUUGGUAGGUUGCACUGGCCAAAAUGGCUGCAACACUAAACUUUGUAGUUCAUGGGCCCCACAUCUUCACCAUAGAUCCUGGGGAUAAAUAUGUGCUACAGACAGUACAUUUGAUAUACUGAACAUAAGUAAGAAGAAAGGCAAUUUUAGUGGCACAGCAUUGAAAUUAUUCCUCAUUUGUCAUCUAACAUAACAGCCACCGCCUCUUAUCUUUUCAGGGUGUCAACUUGUAUGUGAAGAACCUCGAUGAUGGAAUUGAUGAUGAACGUCUGCGAAAGGAGUUUUCACCAUUUGGCACCAUAACCAGUGCCAAGGUAAUAAUCAGUGGAUUUGAAACUUUGAAACUGCUGUACUCUUUGACUGUCGUCCUCUUUGGUUCAUUAGUUUGAUUCCUCUUUAAGGUCAUGAUGGAGGGAGGGCGCAGCAAAGGAUUCGGCUUUGUCUGCUUCUCGUCUCCAGAGGAGGCCACCAAAGCGGUGACAGAGAUGAACGGACGUAUUGUAGCCACCAAACCGCUGUAUGUGGCCCUGGCUCAGCGCAAAGAGGAGCGACAAGCACACCUGACCAAUCAGUAUAUGCAGCGCAUGGCCAGUGUACGUGCAGUGCCAAACCCAGUCAUCAACCCCUAUCAGCCGGCCCCACCCUCUGGAUAUUUCAUGGCAGCCAUACCUCAGGCCCAGAACCGUGCUGCUUACUACCCAGCUGCUGGGCAGAUGGCCCAGCUCCGCCCAAGCCCACGCUGGACCACUCAAGGUGUCCGGCCACAACGUAAGUAUCUUAUCUUAAUAAUGUCUGUAUCUAUAAUCUUUCAGAGAGCAAAUUAAGGUGCAGUGAAACACAAAGUUGAAGAUGUUUUGACAGAAAACGCUUGUGUUUUGUGUUUAGACUUCCAGAACAUGCCAGGUACCAUGCGUCCCUCAGCUCCACGCCCUCAAGCCUUUGGUACUGUGCGGCCUGCCUCCCAGGUGCCCCGCAUGAUGUCCACCCAGCGUGUUGGUGAGUAACUGUCUCUGUUUGUGUAUUUAAUAGAUAGUCUUUCUAAAUACUCAGCAAACACAGAUCUCUAGGAGGGCUGCCACUUGUGUCUUUGUGUUGAUGUUUUAAUGUAUAUCCCAGCUGCUCAGACGAUGGGCCCCCGGCCAGCCACAGCAGCCGCCGCAGCAGGCACCCCUGUGCGUGGAGUUCCCCAGUACAAAUAUGCCGCAGGGGUUCGCAACCCAACACAGCACAUGACUACACAGCCACAGGUCAACAUGCAGCAGGUAGGGAUGCACCAUUACCUUCCUGUCUAAUGGUAUCAUGCUCUCUGAUAUGACACAAACAAAUCUCUAACUUUAAAUUCUUUUUCAGCCUGCUGUUCAUGUUCAGGGACAGGAGCCUCUGACUGCUUCCAUGCUGGCUGCUGCUCCACCACAAGAACAGAAGCAGAUGCUGGGUAAGUGUCAGCGAUGGAUAUCUCCUCUGCAUCUCACUCCUUUGAGUGUAAAUUAACAUCUGUACCCUUAACUAAUAAAACAUCAUGCACGUCAUACCUCAUUUAUUUUUGUGAAAGGUUUUUUUACAGUUUUGUAAAAGUAUACCAUACACAGAGAUUGUUAUCAACUGUUUGUAAUCCUCCUCUUCCUUGUCUUUUCUAGGUGAACGUUUGUUCCCACUGAUUCAGAACAUGCACCCCAGCCUUGCAGGAAAGAUCACUGGUAUGCUCCUUGAAAUUGACAACUCAGAGCUUCUCCACAUGCUGGAGUCUCCCGAGUCUCUCCGCUCAAAGGUAAAUACUUCAGCUUAAUGCUGACAACUUCCUUUUUCACCAGAUAUCACCGCAGCUUAAUGGGUAAAGGAAAGGGAGGUGCUGAACUCAUUGUGAGAGGAUUGUGCUUCUUCACUUUUUUAGCAGUAAGUUUACCCACAAUGUAGUGGGGUUUUUAACAUUUAACAAUUGUCCUUCCAGGUGGAUGAGGCUGUGGCUGUGCUUCAGGCCCACCAGGCCAAGGAGGCUGCCCAGAAGACUGUGACAAAUUCCACCAGUGUCCCAAGUGUCUGAAUCUAAGGUACAUGUCCAAAGAGCUGCUGUUAUGAGGACAGGAUAGCAUUUCAGGAGAUUGUGGAUCAUAAAUUCUCAAAAUUAACUUAUACACAAGCCUCCUUUUAGUCUUGGAUGCAGUCUUCACUAAAAGACUAGCCAGGGGUCGCCAGACUGAUUUUAAUCUUGUUUUUUUUCUUUCUAUAUUUACAGGAGCGGGUACCCUGAGAGACUAGCUUCACAGAUGGAGGAAAAUGUCAACAGCAAAAAGUAAAAAAAUGCAUAAAACAAAGUAAAAAGAAGUCAAAUAAUAUAUUUAAAAAAGAAACUAUGGAAACAAGUCUCCAGUCAGGUCAGAAUGAAGACGAGCACCAGGGGCCUGGUUUGUUGAGUUUAAUGGAGAAAAUACAAAAACAAAAUAACAAAAAAAAAAAAGAAAAAGUUUAAAAUCGAAAAUGAUCAUUUGAUGAGGAGUUUUAAAGGAGAAUUCUGUAAGAAAAUAAGACUGAAACCAUUCCUUUCUGCUAUUUUAUCCCUUUUAAAUGUUUGAAUGUUUUGGCUGUUGCAGCCUGUUAUUGUGAACUUUCCCUUGACCUUUGCUUGCUGAAUAAAACUAAAAAAAUAUCUGGGUCUUGUUGUCAGCUCUGGAUAAAAUCACCUG